GGACACGCUGUCAGACACGGCAAUGCUUCCUCGAUGGGGCAUGCGUGUGUUUUGCGUACCUCUUGCCUGGACCACACAUCACGCACGUCGGCAGGCGAGCGCCUUAGCGAUAGCGGUCGAACAGCAGCACUCUGCUGUUGAGCCGGAGCCACGUUUUUUGGAACCGUCUCUCUUGCCAAGCUCUAACGACGCGCUCUCUGGAGGUAGUAGUAGCACCGUUUCAACCCUCGAGAAGCGGCGCGAUGUUGGCACCUCCGUCACCUCUCCGGGCCGGCACCGCAACGUGCAGAUUGACUCGGCUGCUAUUCAGCAACUCCCGCAUGAGAAGCAGCUGCACCUGACGCAGCUGGAAGGACUGCUACGGCGUCGUGUACGGCACAGCUGUCGCGUUCCGUCGCACGCGCACCGACCAGCCACCGAACACAACAUUGCAGGACCCUGCGGCACGUGUCGCUUGCACAGCAGCGUUUCCAGAAAUCCACUCCCCUCCUUUGCGCCACCCAGCCAAAGUCAGCCCAACGGGGAUCCACCGCGCAGUGCGUCCUCCGCUGUUCCACACCGGGGGCUCUUUGUGAUGUGUCGUGUGGUCGCCCAACCUUUGCAUCUUCCAACUCCGCAAAGCGGUGCCGGCUCUGCGCUCUCGCUGGAUAAUUCAAAUGAAACGCACACAUACCGCCUUGGCACGGUGGAAGGACGCACUGAGGAGGAGGUCUUCACCGGGGUCAAUCACGCCUUCCACAAGCACGUAAACCCGCACGCGGCAACGCUGCGUGGGAUCCUCAAGGGGUGUGCGGAGCAAAACGCACUCGGUGCGGUAGCGGCGAGCGGGUGUGCCUACACCGACGUCACCGACGUCUUUGUUCUCGCUGUUCGUGCGGGCGCCCAGAACGAAGGAGGAGAAGACGGACUGUUCAACUGCGAUGACGCCGCCGCUAUCUUUCCCUGUGCGGAGUGUUGGCGCCAUUUGUGCCACGUGGCGCGUGUGCGACAUCAACACGCGUUGCCACGACUGCGUCUUUUUGUCUCCGCGUCUUCGCCUGCCGCCACCGUGCAUCUUCUUUCGCUGGCGCACCAACGUACAGACGUGAUGGAGGAGCCGAUGGAGGUGCGUGUUGUCACCCGGUAUACCCAGGGAUCAAGGUAA